CGGAAGAAUAAAGAGACCUGUUAGGAUGCAAAAGAUUUUGAGGAAAGGAUUUUCUUGUUUGUUAAGCUACUAGUGUAUGAUAGCAACAGCACUUGAAAGAAGAUCAAAAGGAAAACAAACUAAACAGCAGAGGAAUGGAGCAAUGUAUGAGUAGACUUGGAGCUUAUAAUUACGAAAUGCGGCCGUGAAGAACCAAGUAAAUGGACCUUUCAACGGAAAAUAAUUUUGAAUGAAUUGCCUUCAAUCAAUAUCCAAGAAAGAGCAGUAAUGACAUACAUUGACCUAUACUCGAAGAGAAUGAAUUCAAUAAAAAAAUGGAUUGUUAUCCCAUGAGAAAAACAAAUUAGAUUGGCACUUGUUUCAUUGAUUUCGUAAACGACAAGUGUUGUUUGGGUUCACUUUAUUGCAGCAAAUAACUUAAUUUAAAUCGAAGGAAUAUAUUGACAGUGGUUCUGUUGGACUUUUCCCAAAGCAAAGUACUCCUUAAGAUUAACCUCACAUGACCCAUACCUUGUGCUCUUAAACAUGGAUGAAAUGGAUCCUCACGAACGAUCAAUGACAGAGUUUAUCUAUCAAAAUACGUUAAGCCAAAACAACUAUUCUGACCUAACAAAUAUGUCAGUUUCGCUGAUGAAUUUCACUCAACAACAGAUUGUACAAUCACACACGGUGACAGUUCUAUUGAAUUGUAUCUAUUUUCUUGAUAAAUUCGGAGUACCUGUUCUCCUUACAGUUGGCGUUCUCUCCAAUCUAAUACUUUCUAUCACAAUUCGAAACUCUGAACUAAAGAAAGUUUCCGCAUGCUGCUACUUCUUGUCAAUGGGAAUAGUUGACACUUUUUACCUUAUUGCAAUGGCAAUUCCUUGGAUUUCAAUUCGUGUCGUCGAUAUUUACAAUACAGAAGGUUUCUGCCAGCUUGUCUACUAUCUGAAUCUUUUAACAACAUUUUUGUCAAGUUGGUAUAUUGUGAUGCUGCUCAUCGAAAGGCUGUGUGUAUGCUAUAGACCGGAGACAGCACAAAAAUACAUGAAUGCGUUUAGAGUUAAGUGUUACAUCACACUAAUCUCAAUCUUUUCAAUCGUCGGCCACCUCUACCUCACUUGGACAAGUGGUGUUUUCAUAUUCCAGAACAGGCAAAUAUGUAAUGUUAUACCUGCACACGCACAAGAUAUUAUGAUCAUGAGGAAAAUUGAUAUAAUAUUGUCUUUUAUUUUACCUGCCGUACUUAGUAUCACCAUUUCUAUACCUCUUCUGAUCCACCUGUGUGCCUCUAACUGCAAGUAUUUUAAUAAUGGAAUACUAAAAGUUGAAGUAAAAAUGAUAACAUUAGAAAUGAGGCUAAAUUCUAAACAAACAACGCGCUAUGCGGAAUGUCCUUCUAGUUCCAGAACGGAUGACCAAGGAAAAAUCCAAAAAAUGAAUUUGUGGAUAUUUUCCCAAAGCAGACGUCUUACAGUGACGUCUGUGUUUAUAGCUUUAACGUACACGUUUCUGUUCAUACCUAAUAAUGUCAUAAAAACACGCUUGACAUUCCUGAGUGGAGAUCAUAUUGUUAGUUUUGAAGACUCACUGUUUCUAAAAUUAUUUGAGGAUUUGUAUCAAUUCAAUUUUGCAUACAAAGCAUUUAUUUACUUUUUGUUCUUACCAGAGAUGAGGAAACAAUUUACAAAGAUAUUCUUUCGGACUUGCAAGAGAGUCCGCACAAUGAAACAGCACAGAAACGGACUUACAGUUACGUAAUUAAAAUGACACCAAACUAUUUUCCUUUGAUAAGAACAAAAUGCAUUGGGAGCAGUGAAAAAAAAGCAUUCCAGAAUUGUCAUCUUGAGUGAUAUUAUGAGAAAAAUGUCUUUCGGUGACAUGAUGUUCCACGUUGUCGUAUCGAAUGCAGCUAUAUUUUGUAUGUUUAGUCAUUCUCUAUAGUAAUAUUCAGGGAAGGGUGGGACUUCGUACGGAAACGAAUGAAGAGGGAAGAAGUUCACCUAUUUUGAUUUAGAAUAUUUAAGAAAAUUGAUUAACAAUCCUCCAACAUGUUUCAUUUUAUAGUAUAAACAAAUGUGUUAAAGCUAUCCGUAUACACUUUUUGAAAGAAUGGAUUAAAAGUUGCGCAGAUGUACAACCUUAUCUGAAUGCAAUUUAGAUAACUUUAAGCAGAACAUCCUUCAUGUGAAAAUGUCUAUGGCGCAGUAUGUAUGGUCAUCCGUGUCCAGUGGACACGAGAUUCUAGUUUUCUUAAGACAUGAUAUUGUAAGAGAAAAGUAAUAAUUUGAAAGGCCAUUGUUUAUUGAACACUUGCAUUAAUACUCUAAGGGAAUGGUAAAAUGUGUAUCAAUGUAACUAAUCUCUUUAUACAACAUAAUUUAAAAUUGAAAAAAAAUGGUAUCUUAACGCAGGUGGUCAUUUAAGAGACGUGUUCUCUCAAUACAUUUGACUGUAAUUCUACAUAUGAAAUGCAUUCAACACGUUCCGACUGAAGCGGAGCCUUUCCGCGUCGGAACGUGUUGGAAACAAGUCAUGGGUAUCCGUAUAUAUUUUAUGAAAUAUAAUAUUUACUUGCAAACAUAAUGUUAAUACUUU